UUUGCACUCGACCGCGUGCUGUCCGAGAAGCAAAAAGUCAAGCAGACGAAUACUUUCGCUAUUCUUUAUUUUCGACAGCCUGGUCAGCGCAUGAAGCGUGCACUCGUUGGCUCGUUGCAGCUCCUGGAGACUCUCAGCCUGCCCUGCAAUCUGAUGCCAGCGUGUGCAGAGGUGACUUCAGCCUGCACCCUUUGGAAUGGCCAGCAGGAGUGGUUCUCUUGCGGCUCCUCCAUCAUUGCGGCGUACUAAAUAGCAUCUCUCUUACGUGCGCAAAUGCAUCCUCGGAUGGAAGCGCGCAGUGUAGUCCCGGUGACGGGUACAUCCGAGUACAACUACAUGUAUGCGACCCUGGUGGGGGAGAUGGGGGCGGGUGAGGGCACCCUACUGGACAAACCUGCCCUGGACUUGCACUGGAAAAGCAGAGGGACUGGGUGGAAGACAACUGCUUCUGCUGCUCCAUCACGGUGGAACCUCCAACUGGAGAGCAAGUGCUCACGUUCCCUGGAGGAGAUGUCACGGUGGAGAUACGAGAAGGAGCACACACUGAGAGCAACGUCAGAUUAUUGUGUUCCUAACGCCACCUUUUCGACCAGGCCGCAAAACGCUUACUCCACGGCUCUACUGCGAGCCCACAGAAAGAAAGAUCUCGAGGACAGACAGAAGACUCACAGAUGGCUGACUCGGGCUGGAGGCAUAACGCGAUGUGUCGACGCGCAAACGGAAGGGGAUUUACAGCAAGAUGCCCGCUUUGACAACGAGAAGAGGCGCGAGAAUAAGUGAGGCAUACGUGCGUACGUCCGGCAGUUGUCACUGAAGAAACCUGCCAUCGGUUUUCGGAAAACCUGGGAUGACCUGGAAGAUUUCCAACGGAUCUUCUGGAAGCUGCGAAGCCUCAUCUCUAGUAGGAUGAAUCCUGAAGGGAAGUGCUGCGAAAAUAAAACAUUUCAUGAGGGAUAUUUUCCUUCUUUGACCAAAGAGUACUGCAUGCAUGGCGUACUGGAAGGAAGACUGCUUCUUUGGUUACCACCCUUUGAAUGGCUCCAACACGAGAAUGAUCAGAAUGUCACCACGACGUGUCAUCCGUCUGCGGUCUGUGGGACCGGUGGGGUCGUCUUUCGGUCGAUUCGCUUUGUUUGUUCUGUCCGGGCAGGGAAUAUCUAUUGGUUCGAUGAUGCCAUCAUGGAUGGGAUUCCUCGCAACACAAUGGAGGGUCAACCGCAAUACGUUGCUGCGCCCCUUUGCCUCCUCUACCAACAUCCAGAGCAAGGGCUCGUGCCUAUUGCCAUUCGUUUCAAAAUGAUACCCGACUCCAAUCACAUCCCCAGCUGGGGCAGACCCCUGGUUUGGACACGCCCAAAGACCAGGCUGCUGGCAAAUACGUGGGCGCGUCACUCGGAGGUCCAGGUUCUCUCCCACCUGGCGGUGGAGGUGUUCUGUGCCGCACGAAGACAGCUCCCAGCUGCACAUCCUAUUUAUUGGUAAUUUGCUCUUUUCUAUUGUGGCCCCCGCUACACACCGGAGAUCAACGGUAGGGGGCGCACGCAGCUCAUCUCGCCAGAUGGCGUCUUUAAACAGGUUGUCUCUACAGGUGGCGAUGGUCUGCUCUUGGCGGUUCAGAAAGCCUACCGCUCACUCCGGCGUUAGCUAGACUUCGCUGAUCGAGGAGUCUCUCAGUCGCCAAACUAUUUCUACCAAGAAUACGCGCCGCCACCCACAGACGAGGACGCCGUUCCCGUGGAAUUGAACACGGCCGCCCUUCCCGAUGUCAGCCAGUCGCGUGGCACCUGGGACGAGCGCAACCGGACGCGGUACGCCAUCCGCGCUUGA